GCGCUUCUUAGCUGCGCCCUUCCGUUUCCAUCCCCGAUCUCGUCAGACCGCACCCCUCCCACGCCAGCCCAACAAACUUUCCCGUCAAAAUGUCACAAAUUCACAGCUUGUCCGACGACCAGGUCGGACAAGAGCUGCGUAAGAUGACGGCCUUCAUCAAGCAGGAAGCCGCGGAGAAGGCGCGCGAGAUCGAGAUCAAGGCGGACGAGGAGUUCGCCAUCGAGAAGUCCAAGCUGGUGCGGCAGGAGACGGACGCCAUCGACGCGGCGUACGAGAAGAAGUUCAAGCAGGCGGCCAUGUCGCAGCAGACGACGCGGUCGACCGUCGCCAACAAGACACGCCUGCGCGUGCUGGGCGCGCGCCAGGCCCUGCUCGACGACAUCUUCGCCGCCGCCGAGAAGCAGCUGGGCGACGCCACCAAGGAUGCCGGCCGCUACCAGGAGAUCCUCAAGGGGCUGCUGCUCGAGGGCUUCUACGCCAUGGAUGAGCCCCGGCUGCAGGUCCGCGCGCGCAAGGCUGACUACGAGGUCGUGCGCAAGGCGAUCGACGACGCCGCUUCUGAGUACAAGGAGAAGACCGGCAAGGAGGUCGAGGCGACGAUCGACGAGGAGAACGACGUACCAGAGGGGAGGUAAGGAUCUUGGCUUGCCAACCGACACCGUCGUCCACUGCAGGACGGAGUUGCUGACACAACUUGUCUCCUU